AUGGGCUCAACAAUUGAUAUCACCUCUUCUUUUAUUGAGGGAGCACCACCCGGCGAACUGCAAGAGGUAGUCAAAGACAUCAGGGCCCUCACCUCCGACGAUGAUCCAGCUCUGAUUGCGAAAUUGAAACCCUCGUUUGAGAAGUACAAUGAAGAGCAGAUGGUUGCGGUGAAACUGCCCGGGGCAAGCGAGCAUGUCUUAAUAUCCGCAUAUAAUAAACUGCCCUCUUCCAAUCGAUACUACGACACUCAAUCCUCCAGCUCAUUUGAAUUCGACCAUACAGCCUCCAAGCCCACGUCGCCGCAAUCCUACACUCACAACACCCAGCACAGCAGCUUGAUCCAAUCCAUUCUGAAACCCCUCUCCUCGCACUUUGCAGAACACUACCCUCCCGCCUCCUCGUCCGCAUACACCGUCUGCGCAACGCCCGGCGACACGCAGAUCGCGAUCCUCGUAUCCACAACCAAAGCAUCCCCGAAAAACUUCCUCAGCGGACGUUGGCGAAGUGUCUUCCUCUACGACCCCUCAUCAUCGACACUGUCAGGCACGAUCAAGGUGGACGUGCACUAUUACGAAGACGGCAACGUGGCGCUAUCCACGACCAAGAGCAUCGACGCGGCGUCUGUGGACGGAGAUGGUGCGAGUAUCGUGCGCAAGAUCGCCGCGAUUGAGAAGCAGUAUCAGGAAGAGGUGAAUAGGGCGUUCGUGGGAAUGAAUGAGACCAGUUUCAAGGCUCUGAGGCGCCAGUUGCCCGUCACUAGGCAAAAGGUCGAGUGGGAGAAAAUUCGUGGUUAUGGGCUCGGUGGUGAUUUGAGGGGUGAGGCAAAGAGAUAG